GUGACACAGCAUAAACCACAUCCUGUGGUCAUUCUAUAUAUUUUAAUCACACCUCAGGGAUUUAUUGAGUGAACGGUAACUGACGUGAAAAUAAUCAUUAAAACAUAAUGCUACCAUUCCAUUUCCCUCUAUGACGGAGUCACAACACCGUUGUUCCAUAUCUUUUAAUGUUAGAGUAAAGCGUUAUUUGGAGUUCCGAGUGUGAUAAAAGGAACAGCUCUCAGCUAUUCACCACACGCCAAUACUCCUCGUGAGGUUUCAUUAAACUUUCUAUGGUUUCCAGCUGCUAAUACAUGGUGUAUAUGGUUUUAAUUCCGAUGGAAGGAAUCUGUUUUUAGGUUGAGGUGUUAUCGCCAUAUAUGGAAAUCUAAUAUAAUUUGUACCGCGUUUGAUAGUGUAUAAAGUGCCUAAUUAAUUUUAAUUCGUGUGAUAUACAUAUAAAGAUAGGAUUCUAAAAGGAAUUUUUAUGAUAUAAUUCUCACGUAUUCUAUCAGAACUUUCAUAAACAGGAGCGCAGUUUGCUCCAGGCUACAGUUUUCACAUAACCAAUUAUCUGAACAGAUCUUUCAUGUUUUGAAGGAGUCGGAUUUUGGCUAUACACACAAGAAUGUGCCGGCGAUAUUGAAGAAUAAGCUUAUGUACUAGAUUAUCAUUUUUCUGACAUCCUAACAAACGUACCAGACAGAAGCCGAUGACAAGGACAUCUUAGAUUGUGUUGAUAAGUUGGCUAGCGUUGGCGGAUUUUAAAUUCGACGAUUGAGUGUAAUUGUCUGCUAGAUUUAAGAAAAUUGUUUUAAAAUGUUACGUUAUUAAAUAUUCAAGGCCUAGAGAGAGCACGAACUAGAUCGAUAGGGUUACGUACUCUCAACGAACAGGCGAACUAUCGCUCUAUGGUUUUAAACUGUGGAAGAAUACAUCGCACUUCCAUUGAACGACGACAGGUUCUGACGAGUUGCUUUUGAAUUCCUUCAAUUCUUGGAGUUGUAAAACUGUGCUUAGAACUAAAAUACUUUAGGAAUCAUGUGAUAAAUGAUUUUACAUUCUGUAAUGGAAUCGGAGAAAUCCUUCCCAACAGGAAUUGAAUUCAAAGAGCAUGCUGAUUUGGAUUAAUGGAGCUAGCAGUGUCGGAGAACUAGAUAACGGGGGUCCGUUAAUCACGCCAGAAGUUGGCGUGGUAUUACGUGUAAGAGAUUAAAACAUUUCAGGAGGGAAUAUAAAAAAAAACGUUCGGUGUUUGAAUAACGAUCGAUUGAUGGUUUCAUCCACCUAUACUCUCCCGAAAAUGAUAUAUUUUAGUGAAAUGCGCGUGAUAUGGGCAAUUAUAUUUGAAGCAUAGUAAUGUUGUUCACUGAUAACUGUUAUCGUCCGAUCAAAUAGUGUGCGAAACCGUCGUUUUACAUUAAAGACAAAUAUUCGAAGUCAGGUUUAUCUGGAUGAGCGACAGAAUAGAACAUUUCUUAUUCAGAGAUAACUUUUUUUCAUAUCCGACCAUAUAUAGCUUUAUCUUGUUUGAUGAUAACGAAAUUAGAAACUUCUGCUAAGAUAAAUUGUCACAGAUCAAACUACUCAAGAGUUAUUUUCGAGUUGGAUGAGCGACAUUUUUAAAUUUCCUUUAUUUCUAAAUGAUUUUCUCCCUAACAAGCGUGUCAAUGACUUGGAGUUGUGACAACGAUGAUAUGUGGCCAUGAACUGAUUUCUUGUAAUUUUCACUAAAUCUUUCUUCGAUUGUACGAGAGCUGUAGACAGCUGUGUGGUGACAGUGCUACUAAUUUUGAUGCUAUCUACAUGUCGUUUAGCACUAGUGAUACAGAGGUGUGCUUUAUGUGGUAAAGUACAUUACCAUUUAUAUCCUAGAAUUUGUUCAGAUACUACCGACGUCUUUAUAGUGCAGAUAACUGAAUUUGGCGCCGCUAGUUCAGCAUUAGUGUACUGAGCUGAGUUUACCGCGGGAAGCUACUGUACCUCAACUUGAGUGAACUCCGUGAUAAUUCAAAACAGUUCGUACUACUGGUGCUGAAUUUGUCAGCAUUACAGUCGCAUUAAGUGCUUAUAGACAGUGACAGGGUAAGCUACGGUUUUAUAUUAGACAACAAGUACUUAUAAAAAUGCUAGACGAACAGAUUAUCCUUGUCCAUCCUGACGGCCGGACACAGAGUGUCAAGGAAUACGUGCACGAGCUGGUCAAAGGAGCCCAGGUCCGGCUAUAUGAUGGGAAGGACUAUAGGGACAAGAGGAAACACAAGACCGGGGGUAUCUCCAAAACCAAACACAAGCAGAUAACAAACUCAGCGGAAAAACCGGAAGCUGUCCGAUUUCAAGAGACAUGGAUUGAUGACGACGAAGAUGUAAGGAAUGCUGAUAGCCAUUCUGGAGCAAGGAAAGGUUCAGACGACAGGAAACAAGGUGUCGGGGCAUGUGCAGGGGACCCCUUGUCAUCUAGUCACGUGACGAGUGAGGGCGCGUGCGGCCCCGAAGAUGUAAACAACGACCACGAGGAGAGCGAGGCUCACGGUGGAUGGGCGUUCCUUAGUAGACUUCUGGCAGUGAGAAGUGCAUUAAUGAGGGCCACAACAAGGCGCCCAAGCCAAUCAUCAGAGGGGGAUGAGGAAAAAAGAAGCAUUGCUGAUUUCUUCCGGAAAAGGAAGAGCACAGAUAAUACCUUCACAACAGAGGAAAAGGACAACGAGGCAUGCGCAAAACCACAUAACAUGACCCCAUCUCCUAAGAAACAAAAAACUCGACUAAUGUCGGAUGAUUCCGGAAUUGCUGUCGACAUACCAAGGAGGGAUUCUGAAAUUAGAAACCAACGGUUAGCAAGAUUCCGGAAUUCUAUUAGGAAUUUCAUAUCUUGUUCUACUACAUCUGACAACGUUCCCACCGUGGAACCUGCAGAGCCUUCUGAGAUUUAAAAUAUCGUGAAUCUUAAUUUAAAUUUCCAGAUUAAUUGAAUUUCCCUAUUUUGUGUAAUACGACAAGAGUCUAAUAUAUGUUUUAUCCAAUAUAGUACUAUUAGAUUUUGUUGUCUUUGAAAUUGCUGAUUUAUUAAUAAAGUUAUGCGUAAAU